GUUUGAUAUUCUUUAAAAGCAUGUUUUUUUUAGUUUUUUAAACUAUUUUUAUGUAUAAUUAUCAUAGGGAAAUGAGUUACCGACACUACCUAUUACCAUCUGAGAUAACUAUUUGGAGUUGCAACAUCACAAAGAAAUGGUAAAGUCUCUACGAAUCAUUUGCAGUUAGAUGUAUGGAUAUAAUAUUAGAAUUUACCGGGGAAAAAAAACAUUUUUUUUUUCGGCGUGGCCGGGAGUAGAACCCACGAUCGCUGAAUCCGAAAGCUGACGUCACAGAAGUCGCGCGCCUUAGACCGCUCGGCUAACGAACGUAAUGAAAUUUGUGGGACAUUUUACAGUGAUGAGCCACUCACUCAUAGGGCCGUAUGCACAGAUUCUACUAGAAGCCAAGUGUCUACUCGUACUUCCUUUAGUGAAGGAUUUGAAGUUCACUAAAUUUCGUAUGUUAGAAAUAUUUUAGUAUAAGCCUGGCUAGGUUUUACAAAGUAAAGUGAAGAAUGCUACUUAAUUACGAAGGUGGCCGAGUUUACUCGAAUAAGGCCCGAAAUCAAUGACGUCGUUCAUGACGACUUAACCUCGGCCAAUAGGAAACCUAUAUUGUAUAUUUAUUUUUUUGUAUGUGAAAAUAAUAAACAUUUGUGUAUCCACCGAUCCACGUGGUCGUUAUGGAUUGUGCUCCGAGGCAAUUUUCCGAAAGGUUUUCUAUGAAUGAGAAGUCAAUUUUAUUUUCAUUAGUGGAAAAUAGGGCAAAAAUAGUGGAAGCCAAAAAAACGGAUUUCAAAAACGUCGCCGAAAAGCGGAAAGCUUGGCAGGAGAUUGAAAAAGAUUUCAAUUCUUAUUCAGAAGUCUCCAAGCGUACUGCAUCCCAGCUAAAGAAAUGUUGGGAAAAUGAGAAAAUGAAGAGGAAGAAGAUCCUUGCUGCCAACACAAGGCAGCGAAUGGCCACUGGUGGUGGUCCAUUUGUCCAGGAGCCCUCCACGAACCCCGAAUUGGAAGUGGCAUUAGCUGGGACACAGCACUUUAUUGUAGAUGGUGGCGAUCAUGACAUGGUCGUUUCCGCAGACAGUGCUGAAAAUGCUGCUAAGUACCAGGCAGUAAUUGCAUUGGACCAUGACUAUGAGCUGCCCAUUUCAGAAUCUAUGUCUGAAGAAGAAAUUACUUAUGAGGUGGAGGUUGACAGCCCACAGGUGAGAAAGAAGGAUGCUCUCCUUUCUGGACGCUCCAAUAAGUCAAAUACACGUCGUGAAGUAGCAAUUGAAGAUGAACUGCAGCAUCGCCUGCAUAAACUUAACAGUACAGAAAAGCGGGAAAUUGAGCAUCAUAAGCUUUUGAUGCUUGAGCAGAAACUGCGAGUGAGGGCAGCAAGAACUGCUGCAAUAUAUACAAAAGAGCUUCACGAGCAGGCAAAGAAUCAUCGUGAAGAAGAACACAAGUUGCGAAUGGAAUUAAUGAAAUCAGGAAACGGGAAAACACUGUAAAUUGCUUGCAUAUUACAGUCGAUAACCAUUUUUAUAUUAUGCCCUUAUUUGUAUUUAUUCUUUCCUGUGGUUUCUAAAUUGCACUUAGUAAAAUUCUGCAAAAUGGCACGGUAAAAUUGAAAGAAAGCCUCUUAGCUGAAAAAAAAUCCAAAAACCAGUUUUUAUUAAUGUCCUAACAUAUUUUCCAAACAUUAUCUAAGAGGGCAUUGCGAUAUUGUUUACAAUUUUCCAGAUUGAAUCUUUUUAAGGAGUGGUUAGAUUAAGUUAUAUAAUAGAUAGUGUAAAAUUGUGAGAGUUGUUGGUUAUUAUGUUAGCUAACUGUGAAAUUGUUUAAACAGUUAAGUUUGUUAAGCCAUAUAAAAAUAUACUGUUUGAAGUUGUGUCAGCGACUGGUUAGGUUAGUAGCAUUACAAAUAUUAGAGAGUUAGGAUGGUGUGUUGGGUUAAAUGAAGAGACAUUUCAAAUUGGUAAAACUAAGAAAUUAUUUAAAUGAUCUGAAAUGUUUCUAGCAUAGCUUAAUUAAAUACUAAUGAUCCAUAAUACUUAAUCAAGGAUUUUAAAUUGAACUUACCACACCUAAUAUAUCCCAUGCCCACUAUUUGAUGUAGCAAACCCAUCCCUUUUCAUAGUAUCACACAGUAUUUGAAAUAAAUAUACCUGACUUAUCUACUUGUUAAAAAUGUAAACUACUGCAAAAUAUUUGAAGUAUCUUACAGAGAAAAAUUGCAUAACAUGUAAGUAAAAACAUCAGAAUUUUGAUUAGAUUUUUUUUUGUUCAGGAAAGAGGCUUUCCUUUAAAAUUACCAAAUGCAGCUGAAAAUUCAAUGUUCCUAAGAGAAGGUGUAUACAACAUAAAUGAGCAAUGUGUUAUUUAUUUUUCAUAUGUAUGAUUAGGAAUCCAAAUUAUAAUUAUUGGGACCAUUUACAAAUGACAACAUUCAUAAGCAGACAGUAACUGAAUUUAUUAAAAUUUUGGGGGUUCGUUAAAAUAUUGACAAGUGUGGUCAUCUGUGGUGUUGUGGUGUACUCCAACUAAUGAUUAGAAAAUGUGAUUGAAAACAACUAGUGUUGGUAGGUAUUGAACAGUGUAUUUUAUUUGUAAUUGUAUGUUUUGCUUGACCAUAGACAAUACUGAUUCAAUUUCCAACUGAAAAUAUUGAAAUAAAAGUCUGAAAAUUA